UGUCCUACUCCAUGUUUGAAUUCUGGAGUUUGUGAAAGUAACGGUAGAUGUCGCUGUAUUCUCGGUUAUAAAGGCGACCAUUGUCAACAUGCUAUUUGUAAAGAAGGUUGUAAGAAUGGUGGACGCUGUGUUUCACCAGGAAAAUGUGAAUGUCCUGUUGGUUUCUCGGGCCCUGAUUGUAAACCUUACUGUGCCCAGACGUGUCAUAACGGCGGGGAAUGUGUUAGAACUAAUGUCUGUAAAUGUCCAAAAGGCUACACAGGAGCGGAUUGCUCACAACCCGUCUGCUCCCUGGGAUGUUUCAAUGGCGGGAAAUGCGUAGCACCUGAGAAGUGUUCCUGUCCGAGAGGUUAUAGAGGUCAAUAUUGCCAUAAAGCUAAAUGUCGAUCAAAAUGCCUGAACAAAGGGAAAUGUGUUUCACCCAAUACUUGUUUAUGUAGAAAAGGUUAUUCUGGUCCAAGAUGUGAACAUUGUAAGUAUCUGUCUCACUCAAUUAGUUUUCAGCUUUUACAUAAUCCGUAG